AUGAUGCCAUACGAGGGUAUUGCUCUCAUACAGGAGAAACAAGCUGUAGUUUUGGAUCUUGGAACUGAUUACACUAAAUUUGGUUUCACUGGUGAAGCUGCUCCACGUUGCAUAAUACGCUCAGAAUACUGGUGCCCAUCAACACGAAAGUUUAAACGAGUAUAUGAUUACAAGUCAGCAGAAGAACUUUAUGAUAACCUUGUUCACAUGUUGCAUUUGUUAUACUUUAGACAUGUUUUAGUCAAUCCAAAAGAACGGAAAGUGGUAAUUGUGGAGUCACUUCUAACACCUACAUUGUUUCGCGAAACUUUAGCUAAGGUGCUCUUUAUACACUAUGAAGUUUCAGGCGUGAUGUGGGCGGAUAGUGGUAGGGCGAGCGCCCUGACUCUGGGUACGCCCGUCGCCCUCGUGGUCGAGCUGGGUGCACGCGACGCUGAAGUCACGGCUGUGGUCCACGGUUGUCCGGUAAUAGAAGCGAUGCAGUCCCAACCGCUCGGCGCUCGCGCGAUCCACGACGAGCUCGCGCGGAUACUCGACGAGGACAACGGCGCCGAGCUGCAUCUGAGCGAGGAGGACCUGGAAGAUAUCAAAGUGCGCGCGUGCUUCGUGCCGCCGCGCGCGCUGGCGCUGCGGUGGGCGGGCGAGGCGGAGGGCGGGGGCGGCGGAGGGGUGGGCGCGGAGGUGCGCGAGGCGCGCCGCGGCCGCGUGCUGGUGUCGCGGCGCGCGCGCGCCCUCGCCGCCGAGCCGCUGUUCGCGCGCGACAACGAGCUGGCGUCGCUGGCCGACAUGGUGGUGCAGUGCGUGCUGCGCUGCCCGGUGGACGCGCGGCGCGCGCUCGCCGCCAACGUGCUGGUGGUGGGCGGCACGGCCGCGCUGGCCGGCCUGAAGGCGCGGCUGGCCGACGAGCUGCGCCACGUGGCCGCGCAGCCGCCCUACGCGGAGCGCAUGCGCGGCGUGCGCUUCGCGUUCCACGGCGCGCCGGCGCACGACAGCUGCGCGCCGUGGCUGGGCGGCGCGCUGUGCGGCGCCGCGCUGGCGGCCGACGCGGCGCGCGGCCUCGCGCGGGACGCCUACGCGCGCGCGCGCCGCCUGCGCGACUGGCCCUGCCUGCUGCACAACACGCCGCCGCACCACCCGCACUGGGCCCUCGAA